CCCCAUUCCACGUCGCGAGCGCAUCUUCCCCGCCGACGCACGAGCGCGCCUCUUCGCCCUUCUUGAUGAACGCGUCGUCGAAAAACGCGUGACGGCCUGCGACAGACCACUUGCCUGUGCCCGACAAGAAUGGCACCAUCCAAACCGCGCGAACCUUCCAUCGAGCGUACCGACGAAUACGACGACUUUCUGCAAAAGCUCGAGGAAUACCACAAGAAGAGAGGCACCGUUUUCGACCGGGAGCCCAGAGUCGGCCCAAGACACAUUGAUCUGCUGAGGCUCUACAAGCGGGUUACUGCCGAGGGAGGGUACGACAGGGUGUCAGAUACGAAGAACAACAAACUCGCCUGGCGUAGGGUAGCAGGAGAAUUCUUUGGCCAGAGCUCUAAUGCUACGACGCAAGCGUUCCUUGUGAAAACCGCGUAUUACAAGAAUCUUGCCGCAUACGAGAUUAGCAAUUUCCAUCACAGGGAACCACCACCAAAAGAUAUUUUAGAAGACGUGUCUGCCAAGGGAGGCGACUUGCUCAAUCGCACGAGAGAGAACUUCCUCGGGCCCUCGAAUCGCGAACUGGAAAACCUGGCAAACGGUGAAGACAAGGAAAGCGACGACUCGGAAGACGAGCUGCAAAAAACACCAAAGGGAGACAAGAUGGACGUUGAUGAGCCCGGUAGUACAGGUGGCAGGAUAACUAGGGCCCUGCGUCAGGCACCGCCUCAACGGGUUCUCUUCCAGCCCGAAGUAUCUUCCUCCAGACAAACGCGUUCGGCCGGCCAACACAACUCUCCCACUCCCGGCUCAUCAAACAUGUAUGGACAGUCGAACGGACUUUACUCUGGUGGUAACAUCAUGAGCAUAAUCGCCAACUAUGAGCCGAAACCUGUGGUCCCCUCCAAUGUCAAACCGGUAGUAACGCCGAGUAAUAAUCCGGAGCAUUUCCGCAAUCUAAGGAACAGGCUGGCAAGUAGAGGCUCUAGGAGCCUUCCGCAGAACAAGGGCAUGAUGCUUCCAGGCACUGGAUUUACUGGCCCCAACAUCUACAUCCGCGCUCUUCUGGCACUUCAAUCCGGCAGCGUGGAGGAGCAGGCCUACGCUCUCCAUCAUCUUGUCAAAAUCUCGCAUGAGCGGGGCGACAAAUACCGAUUCGAUGGGUUUCCUGGUCUGGCCGAGGCUCUGAUUGCACGACUAUUAGAAGUCAGCACUUUGUUUUACGGUGUCCAUUGGGAUGUUUGUUACUCCGAGGAUGAAGCAUUGGAAAGGAACGACACACUCAAUGCCAUAAGUGGCACCGCAAACUUGCUCCAGAAAAUACGCUCGCAUCCAAUCUUAGAUUUUGCCGACGAGGUGCAACCGAGGGAGUUCAGCGAGGCGCUCGGACGGAUUAAUGAAGCCGGUCUCGUCAUGCGGAAUCUGGUCAUGCUGGAUGCCAACGCGCAAUACGUGUCCCAGCAAUAUCUUAUUCAAGAUUUCAUCACCAUCGCUCUCACUUUGCCGCCACGGUCGACAGUUAAAGAACUCAAGCACUACGCAUUGGAAAUCGCGGAACAACUGACCAGGUAUUGGAUCUUGGAUUCAGACCACCAUCUUUACCAAACCCUCCUGGCGCAAGUUGACUCAACGGAUCGUGGUACUAUUAUCACCGCAUUGCGGGCUUUGUCUCGCAUCGCCAUGAAUGCUGACCCUCGUUAUGAGCUCAAGAAUGUUCCGGUCCGCAUCAUUCAACAUAUCUGCGACUGGCUGCUUGUCGAGGAUGAACAUAUGCGUGAAGCCUGCUUAGACUUCUUGUACCUCUACACUGGCAGUGCUGAGAACGUCGAAGCGCUGACACAAAAUGUUGACGUAGAGUCGAUGGUGAAACACCUCGUCAGACUCUUGCUCUACAACGCGCAGACCAUGAGAACACCCAUGCAAUCCAAAUCGGCUGCAAAGCCUCCGUCACCAACUCCGGAGACUGCCCCAAAACUAGCAUUUGCCAUCAUUGAACAGCUCGUUGCACUCGAUGAACCUGAUCGUAGCUCUCAAUGGCUCAAAACAUGUUUUGAGGAAGAUUCAACCGGCGAAAUCACUCAGAUCGCUCUCUGGACAGCCUACAACGCAGCAUUCCAGGCCCCCAUCCAAACACUUACUGCCCAAAAUCAAGCUUCCUCGCUUCCUUCAACACCUGGAAGCUCCGCUCCGCCGGCUCCUCAAGCAACGAAGCCUCCAAAGCCCUUGAUGGCUGCCAAGGACUUCAUCACUAAUGUGUCAACCACGUUCCCCUCAGCGUCUGCUCAGGUCAUCACUGCUGGUGGAGUACAAAAAUACACGAUCAAGGGCAUUAGACCUCGAUCUGUUCCAGUCGACUUGAGGAAUCGGCCAUUCAUCAAGUGUCAAUGGCUCUCGCCACCAACAUUCCCUGCGGGAUCUCAGGCUAACGGAGAAGUUUGUGGAGAAUUCGCAAAGGAGUCAAAGCAGAUGUGGGAACACGUCCUAUCAGUCCACAUGGGUUUGUCUAAGGAUUCAGACGGAAAGUGGCAGUUGGACGAACCAGAAACCAAUGGCGUCAAGUCGGAAGGCAGCACGGCUAGUGCAACUGGCCGUAAAUAUGACUGUCGCUGGGGUGGCUGUCGGCAUUUUGUCAACUCUAACGCCACACCCACUGCUUUUGAGGUUGGUAUGCACGUGCAGACGCAUCUUCCGGACAGCUCUGAAAAGGCUCAACUGCGAAAUCAACAUAAUCAGUCUUCUGGUUCUCCAACGGCACCGAAGAUCAAUGCGCAGCCGCAAAUUCCUCACUUUCAGCCAAACAGUUACACGUUACUCAGUAGCGGUAGACCCGAUAGCUUGGGUGCAAGGGAUGGCACGAAAGGAGACUCAGGUCCGGACAUCAAGUGGCAUAACACCGCGCUUGACGAACGCAGUGUUGCCCAGAGUCUAUCUGGGGCAUCCAUGAUGGUGUUGCGCAAUCUCGCAAAGCGACUUGAUGACUUCGGUCAACAGAGCGAAACUGAUGGAGACGUUGCCAUGAAUGCCUCUCAAAACGAAGAUGGCUGGGUAAGAAAGGUCUUCACUCCAGUCAAGGACGAGUUGUUCUUUGUCAUGGCACACAAUCAGUCUCUCAAAGAAGGCAUGCACGAAUUGAUGAGGGAUAUCAGCAAAGCCGGGGCAUAAGCAUAAGCCCCUCAAUAUAUGGCUUCCUCGCCAAGCUUCAUUGGGUUGUACGAUAGCGAUGGCGUUAAUUGGUGCUGGGAUGGCUGUAUCGACACGAGUUUUGCAAGAAGGGAAGGUAGGGCCAUCGGUGCUGGCGUUCUCUCUCCAAAGAAACUAAUCGAUGGCCUCAUUGCGCGAUCUCCGCAAAGUUGGGGAGCGACAGCUCUUAAAAACAUGAUCAAUUUACGAAUAUCCAUUUUCUUGAUGCUGAAGUGCGGGUCCAAAUAGCUACUCAG